ACAGCCCAAAUAAAGUAGCCUGUUUUGAGCACUGAGUUAAAUCUCUCUCUCCCACUCUCACACACUCACAGGACAGAAUUGGCACUUUCAAAAUACACCUGAAGGGAAAUCCUUCCAGCUGAACUCCUCCUCACCUACACACAGCUGCACUCCUUUUAAACAAGACUACGUCCAGCUGAUGUCUGAGUGCAGCGGCAGCAUUAAGAGUGUGAAGAAGGUUUCUAUGAUCCUGGAUGAUGAGGAACAGCAGGAGGAACAAGGCCUCACUGCCCUCAACACUGCAGACAAACAGUCAGGAGUGAUUGAGCGCUGGGAGCUGCUGCAGGCUCAAGCAGUGAGUAAAGAGCAGUGCAGCACCAGAGACCCCCAGCAGCUGACCUCUGACCUGCAUGACAUCUCUUCCUGGCUGGAUCAUGUCACCCCUGAGCUGGACAGACUGCAGAAGCCUGAGACAUCCGUCAGUGUCGAGAUCUUAGAAGAGAGGGUCAAACAACUUAAAGAAAUGCAGAAGACAUUUGCUUGCUAUAAGACCAUGAUGCUGUCUCUGAACCUGGGUGGGCGAGAGCUGCAGCAGGGGGCUACAGGAGGAGCACCUGAGCUUCAGGAGGGUCUGCGCAGCAUGAAUCGCCGCUGGACAGAGGCUUGUGCGGGACUAGAGGGAUGGGAGGACAGUCUGCGCACCACCUUAGGACGCUGUCAGGAGUUCCACGAGAUGGUCCACUCUCAACUGCUAUGGCUGGCCCAUGCAGAGAGCAGACGCUACACAGUGAACCUGAACGACCCUUCUGUGCAGCCCUCCAUGCUUCAGGAACAAAGGAACACCCUGAAGGAUCUGGCAGAGGAACUGCAGGGCAGACAGAAGCGAGUGAGCUCCCUGCAGGAGAUCGUCUCCGAGCUGCUCCCUGAGGCUGGUGGGGAGGACAGCACUGAAGCCCGGGAAAAACUCCACGUCAUUGGAAGCAAACUAAGACUACUGUCACGUCAAGUCAACCAGGAUCUCCAGACGAUUGACGAGAGAUUGGUAAGAGCGUUAUGCAAAACAUUCUUCAUCCAUUUACACUACACACAAAAAAUUAAAGGGAAGCUCACUUCCUGCUAA